AUGAUCUACCUCGGCGGCGGCGGAUCCUCCACCGACGAAGCCGCCGUCUUCUCCGCAGCCUUCCACCCCCCAGCCCGCAUCGUCAUCUGGCCAUGGGCACAACCUUCCCACCGCUGGGACGGCAUGAAGUCCUGGAUCCAGUCAUCCGUAGAGCCGCUCGGUUCAUUCCCCCCCGUGACAAUUGGCCAUGCACCUGAUUUUGGCCUCGACACCGCUGACAUUAUUGUCAUUCCGGGCGGGAACACAUUCCUCCUGCUGCAGGAGCUGCAGCGGUAUGGGCUUCUACAUCGUUUGAGGGGGUUUGUGUCCAAGGGGGGAAGGGUAUAUGGCGGGUCGGCAGGGGCGGUGAUUCAAGGUGCUGAUAUUGGAAUCAUUGACGAGAAGGCUGGUGGUAUGGAUGUUAAUGAGGGGGUAGUUGAUUUGAAGGGGCUGGAUUUCCUGUCGGGGUGGGUGGUGUUUCCGCAUUACGGGGAGGAGUGGAAAGCUCAUUGCGAGAGAUGGAGCCGUGAGAAGGGCGUGUGUGUUUUGGGGAUCGCGGAACGGGGAGGGUUGGAGGUUGGUGAUGGGAGGGCGGUGAAUCUUGGGCCCGAGGAUGUUUGGAUGUUUGGGAAUGGGAGGAUGGAGAGGUGGGUUGCUGGUGAGGAGAGAGUUCUGGGGUCUGGGAUGUAA